AGUAGCAGUAGCAGGAUGGCUGACAGAGGUGCUCCUGUGUGCCCCUCUCUCUUCUCAUUCAAGGGAAUGAGGAGCUGGCUGGACAGACUGUUACUCUGGGCUAUUUUUCUUUCUAUUGCACUUCAAAACGCUGCCGUGGAUUAUGUGAGGGAGAAAACAGGCGAAUUGCCUUCUCCAAAACUGAACUCAAGUACGAAUGUGGUCAGGAUGGGCCAAAAUGUAUCUCUGUCCUGCUCCAGCCAGAACACAUCACUGGAUAUCACCUAUUCAUUAUUUUUGGGUACGAAACACAUAGAAACCAAGAAAAGAAGAGGGGAAACCAUCAUUUUCCACCUGAAGAUCUCCAACGUCAAUGAAACAGGUCCUUACAAAUGCAAAACCAAUGUUUCCAACCUGCAGAAAUAUAGUCAGGAACUCAACUUCAUGAUCGCCAAAGAAGAUAGCUGUCCUUCUUGUCUGCUGCCAUGGCUGCUCCCAGGGUUGCUACUGGGGCUACUGGUAAUAAUCAUAGUUCUGGUUUUUUUGAUUCAACCAAAACUUAAAAAAGGAAAUGCUCAAAGAGAGAGUAAGUCCAAGGAUUCCGGAGAUGCACCCCUGCAAAGUGAGCUGUAUGCAAACGUUUGUGAAACUCAAACAGAGGCAAGACAACCCCAGGAGCUACACUAUAUCACUCCAGUCUUCAAGGAGGUAGAACCCAGAAAACAAGAAGGCUGUGUGGGCAAGCCAGCUGAUUACGUUUAUUCUGAGCUUACCUACUGAGUAUGAAGAAACUGACUGCAUCCCCGUGUAAAAGACUUUCCAGCAAGCUGGUGUGGCUGGAGAAACUGCAAAUUUACCUAGUGCUUCAAAGUUUCAGCUGAGGCUGGGCCAGGAGGAUCCUGAAUUCAAAGCCAGCUGGGACUACGAAGCAAGACCCCAUCUUAAAACACAAAACCAAAAAUAUUUAAGCUGGUCACCUAAGAUGAAUUUGUAUUUUUCACAUCUGAACAUUAUCCUUUGGCUAAUUUGGGCCUCUAAUCUUGUCAUCAAAGUAGCCAGGCUUGAUAAUAGUUAUAAAGUAUUUGGUUUUGUGGGCAUCCAUCCUUCUCACUUUCCAACACCGUUUUAAAAGGAAUUAUCUUGGGGCUGAGGAGGUGGCUGAAGAGAGGCACCUACUGCUCUGUCAAGGGACAGGAGUUUGAUUCCCAGUAUCCACAUCCCACAACUCAUAGCUUUGUUUCCAGAGGAUCCAUCGCCCUCUUCUGGCAUCUGCAGGCACUGCACUCAUGUGCACAGACACACACCUAAACACUUAAUUAAAAAUAAAUAGUCCACAGCCAUACUACCCUGAACUUGCCAGUUUCAUCUAAAAAUAAUAAAAUUUUUAAAAGUUAAA